UACAAAAAUAGAGAAGGAGAAAAAAGAGCAUGCUAAGCUGCAUGGGAUGAUCCGUACAGAAAUAAGUGGAGCCGAAAUUGCAGAAGAGAUGGAAAAAGAAAGAAGGUUCUUCCAGUUACAGAUGUGUGAGUACCUGCUGAAAGUCAAUGAAAUCAAGAUUAAAAAAGGAGUGGACUUGCUUCAGAACUUGAUCAAGUAUUUUCAUGCUCAGUGCAAUUUCUUUCAGGAUGGGUUAAAAGCAGUUGAAAGUCUCAAGCCUUCAAUUGAGACACUCUCCACAGAUCUUUAUACAAUUAAACAAGCACAAGAUGAGGAAAGAAGACAAUUAACACAGCUUAGAGAUAUUUUAAAAUCAGCACUCCAGGUUGAUCAGAAAGAGGAUUCUCAGAUUCGUCAGAGUACAGCUUAUAGUUUACAUCAGCCUCAGGGAAACAAGGAGCAUGGCACUGAACGAAAUGGUAGUCUGUACAAGAAAAGUGAUGGAAUCAGAAAAGUGUGGCAGAAAAGGAAGUGCUCAGUUAAAAAUGGUUUUCUUACAAUUUCCCAUGGUACAGCUAACCGACCUCCAGCAAAGCUCAAUCUGUUAACCUGCCAAGUGAAAACAAACCCAGAGGAGAAAAAAUGUUUUGACCUCAUAUCACACGACAGAACAUACCACUUUCAAGCAGAGGAUGAACAGGAGUGUCAAAUAUGGACAUCUGUGCUACAAAACAGCAAAGAGGAAGCUUUAAAUAAUGCAUUCAAAGGAGAUGAUAACACAGGAGAAAAUAAUAUUGUGCAGGAACUGACAAAAGAAAUUAUAUCUGAAGUCCAGAGGAUGACUGGAAAUGAUGUGUGUUGUGACUGUGGAGCACAAGAUCCUACCUGGCUUUCAACAAAUUUGGGAAUUCUAACUUGCAUUGAAUGCUCAGGAAUCCAUAGAGAGCUUGGUGUUCACUAUUCCAGAAUGCAAUCGCUUACAUUAGAUGUGCUGGGAACAUCUGAACUUUUGCUUGCAAAGAAUAUUGGGAAUGCAGGGUUUAAUGAGAUUAUGGAAUUCUGUCUGCCAUGUGAUGAGACAGUCAAACCUAAUCCAAGCAGCGAUAUGAAUGCAAGAAAAGAUUAUAUUACUGCCAAGUAUAUUGAGAGAAAAUAUGCAAGGAAAAAGCAUGCUGACAAUGCAGCUAAAUUGCAUGCUCUUUGUGAAGCAGUCAAAUCAAGAGACAUUCUUGGAUUAGUCCAAGUAUAUGCUGACGGUGUGGAUCUCACAGAAAAAAUUCCACUGGCCAAUGGCCACGAGCAAGACGAAACAGCACUUCAUCUUGCUGUUAGGUCAGUUGAUCGAACAUCCCUUCAUAUAGUUGACUUUUUAGUGCAGAACAGUGGCAAUCUAGAUAAGCAAACAUGUAAAGGUAGCACAGCCCUGCAUUACUGCUGUCUGACGGACAACGUUGAGUGCCUCAAACUGCUGCUGAGAGGGAAGGCUUCUAUUGAAAUAGCUAAUGAAUCAGGAGAGACGCCACUCGAUAUAGCUAAACGUUUAAAACAUACUCACUGUGAAGAGUUGCUUACUCAAGCACUGUCUGGGAGGUUUAAUUCUCAUGUUCACGUGGAAUAUGAAUGGCGGUUACUCCAUGAAGAUCUGGAUGAAAGUGAUGAUGAUGUGGAUGAAAAGCUGCAGCAACCUAGUCCCAAUCGGAGAGAGGACAGGCCUGUCAGCUUCUAUCAGCUUGGAUCCAACCAACUUCAGCCUAAUGUAGCAUCCUUGGCAAGAGAUGCAGCGAACAUUGCUAAGGAUAAGCAAAGAGGAUUUAUGCCAAGCAUAUUACAGAAUGAAACAUACGGAGCAAUACUCAGUGGCAGUCCACCUCCCAUUCAGCCUGCAGUUCCUGUUACAAGUAGUGCACCUCCUCUACCUCCAAGGAAUAUUGGCAAAGUUCAGCCUUCAGUUCUUGGCAGUGGUAUUCAGACAAUUUCUUCAUCUAAUGCAAUGUGGAAGACAAAUUCUUUAGGAGUGGAAAGUAUAAGCAGGCAGAGGUCUUCAUCAGAUCCACCAGCUAUUCAUCCCCCUGUGCCGCCAUUGCGUGUAACAUCUACAAAUGUGCUUUCUCCAGCACCACCACCUCCCGUGGCAAAGACAGCCAGCAUUAUAGAAGCUUUGAACCAGCAAUCUAAACAGCAACCAGCUCCUCCUCAAACUAAGCCAACCCCACCACCACUGCCCCCACAACCUCCUAGUAGAAUCUCUCAAAGAAAGCCUAUUCCUGGGACUGAGAAGUCAUCUGGCUUAACUAACAAAGGGCAGUCUCGAGGACUUGGGUCUCUACAACAAACUG